AUGGAAGUAUAUACCGCAAAUAGCAUACAGGAUCGAACCUUUGAGUUCCAGCAGGCGGUCAACACAUUUUCUAGACAAGAGAAGGCCCACCACAAAGAAGCAUCAUCUGGUAAGGGUAAUUCUGGUGGUAAGACUGAGUUUAAUAAACAAGCUGGACAGAUUGCCAAGGAAAUCAUACGUGUUACUGGAGCGUUAUCUAAGUUGGCACAGUUGACCAAAAGGAAACAGCUUUUUGGCGAUAAGCCCACCGAUAUUGUUGAGCUCACGUAUAUAAUCAAGCAAGACAUUUUUAGAAUAGAAAAAGAGCUCAAAUCAUUGAAGUCGUUGCAGGUCUCGGGACACCGUGGUAAGAGCAACAGCGGCAGUGAUGCGCAGUUGAACAUGUACAAUAAAAAUGUCGUGCAGCUUUUGAACACCAAGACUAAAAACAUAAGUGAAAACUUCAAAGAUGUGUUACAAACCAGACAACGGACAGAAAUGCUACAACGCAGCAGACAAGAACAAUUACUAGCUGCGGUCAAGAGCAUAAGGGCUGCAGCUAAGAACAUGGCUGGAUCUGUAGGUUCUCCUGGAGUGGGCACCUCGGAAAACCCAUUCUUGGCCAGUCUGGACCUGGGAACAGCAGCUGCUUCUGGCCCGGGGGCUGCAAGCGAUGCAAACCACGAUGACUACGGAGGCGCUAUGUUGAGUUUGCCCGACCAAUCCCAGCAACUUCUCUUGCUGGAGGAACAGAACAACGAAUACAUACAAGAGAGAAGCAACGCGGUGGAUGCCAUCGAAUCCACAAUCAACGAAGUCGGUGGACUGUUCCAACAGUUGGCGACCAUGGUUCAAGAACAAGGCGAGGUGAUCCAGCGAAUCGACACCAAUGUCGAAGACGUGAGUCUCAAUAUCGGCGGCGCCCAAAGAGAGCUCAUGAAGUACUACCACAACGUCAGCAGCAACCGUUGGUUGAUGUUGAAGAUCUUCGGUGUCUUGAUUGUGUUUUUCCUCAUGUGGGUUCUUAUUAGCUGAACGUAUUUCUGAUCUUACGCCAAUGUGUAAAACUGACAGAAGCAUCCGCUUCUGUGUGUAUCUAUGUACAAGGAGACAUAAGUCUCAAAUGCGGAAAAAACAUGUUAAAGACGAUCG